AUGUUGAAGGUACUCGUCGCUGCUGCCCUCGUGGCUCUUGUAUCCGCCGACAGCAUUCCAGGUUUCGUAGCUCCUGGAAAUUUUGUCUGGGUGGCAAAUCAAGACAACUUCGACCUUCUCAGAGUAAGUUUUCUUAUAAUUAUGCUGGUCGCUGGUAUCAGUUCCAAAUCAUCGGCAUCGCCAUACACUCGCUGCGACUACGACUACUCUGACUACGGCUUUAAGGUGACCGCAGCUGGAUUCAGUCCCAACAACGAGUACCUCAGACUGCAGGGCAAGAUCUAUCCCACAAAGGACUUCCCAGCUGCCUAUGUGCUCAUUGAUUUUCCUUCUGCUUAG